AAAGGACUUUCAUUGAAUAGAGAAACAUCUAGGCCUCUUGAUAAUUUUGAGUGGAUUAAUUUCAAAUCGCUUUUUAUUUGAUUUGAUUAUAAAAUGUAUUUAAUUAUUUUAAAGCUCGUCAAGGAUUUCAGGAACUGAAAGGUAAAAACUGAACCCAUAUCGACAACACUAUCGAGUAGUUGUACUGCAAUAUUCAUAAGGGUGAAGCUGGAAAAUGUUACUGAACGUUAGGUGUGAAUUGUGAAAGGUGCAAAAGUGCACCUGGAUUGAUGACUGUAGGCUUAAGUAGCUCUCCAGGGUGCUGAAGUUGAAUCUCGACGCCACUGACGAGCCUCAUCAAACUCUUGUUUGUGAGCUGAGAUCUACUCAACAUUUGUUUAUGCCCACUGCGCGACUGAUGCUGGAGAACUCUAUGAAGGAUAUAAAUCGACCUUAUAAAAGAAAACACUGGAGGAAAGAGGUAAAACUUUGUGAAAAUGUGCACCAAGAGGCCCAUAUAAAUAAUGGUGUCUCUUUGUAAUAUCCAUCUCUCAUAACGUCUUCUGACGGAGGACAAUGCAACAUAUUCACCUCCCAUUCGGAGGUGCUUUAUGGGAGUUAUCCAGUUACCCCUGCUGCCUCGUUCUCAGGAGCAGACACAGCCUCUCUACGCUCCCAUUUUACAGCAUUACACUAUGGAUUAUUCUUGGUGUGUUGACGUUCCCAUGCUGUGUCCAAUGCCUGAUUUUCAAAGUAGGUGUCUUGGGGCCUUGGAACUGUGACCCUUAUUACGCAAAAUCACUUCCUGCCAUUGCAUCCAAACUGGCUGUUGGCCGCAUAAACGAGGAUUUUAGUUUAGAUCUGGGCUGCACAAUGGACUUUGUCAUCCUUCAGGAGGCUUGUGAGACAUCCAAAGCCUUGACCUCAUUUGUACAAUAUGAGAACAUGGUUGAUGCAUUUGUAGGCCCUACAAAUCCAGGAUACUGCAAUGCUGCGGUGCUCAUGGGCAAGAAUUGGGACAAGUCUAUAUUUUCAUGGGCGUGUAUUAACUAUGAGUUAGACCGGGUCCAGGGCUACCCAACAUUUGCUCGAACUUUACCAUCCCCGACACGGGUGCUUUUUAGUGUACUUAAGUUUUUCAGCUUGGCUAACAUAGCCAUCGUUUCUUCUAAUGAGGAUAUAUGGAUCGACACGGCUGCCAAAUUGGCUAGUGCUCUCAGAAACCAGGGGCUUCCUGUUGGCAUCGUUGUGUCCAUGGGGAAUAAUGACACCAUGCUGGAGAACACGUUGCUGAGCAUACGAAACGCAGGGGAGAUAAAAGUCAUCAUUAUGUGCAUGCACUCAGCACUCAUUGGAGGAGAACAACAAACUUCAUUCCUGAUGAAGGCCUAUGACAUGGGAUUGACAAAGGGUCAAUAUGUGUUUAUACCAUAUGACACCCUUCUGUACAGCCUGCCCUACACCAACACCACCUACUUCCCACUGCAAAACAACACAAAACUGCGCAAAGCCUAUGACGCGGUACUCACCAUCACCAUGGAGUCAGAUCUGAUGUCAUUCAACGAAGCGUACAAUAUGGCCAAACGACUUGGAGAACUGAUGGUGUCACAAGAGCCAGAGCAGGUCUCUCCGCUCUUUGGUACAAUCUACAACAGUUUGUACCUCCUUGCCAAGUCCAUGCACAAUACCAGAAGAGCUGGUAAGUGGUUUUCCGGGUCCAACCUGGCUUCCUUCACGAGUAACAUUACAUUUUCCGGAUUCAACCAGAAUAUCCGCACGGAUGGCCAAGGGAACGGGCAAACCGACUAUGUGAUCUUAGACUCUGAUGGCUGGGGAUCUGAACUGUAUCGCUGCUUUUAUGUGAACCUGACGUUAGAUAAGGUGCUGUUUGCCGGCACGUACAUUAAUUUCCCUGCAGGUUCCCCUCCACCUUCAGACUCCAGCUGCUGGUUUGACCCCAAUGCCAUCUGCACAGGAGGUGUGGAAAUUAUAUAUGUUGUUAUAGCGUUUGUGAUCGUUCUCAUUAUGGUUCUUGGUUCUAUUGGUCUAAGUCUAUUCAUAAGGAGGCGAAUCCAACAAAUCCAGCUGAUCAAAGGGCCCAACAGAAUCCUGCUUACGCUUGAGGACCUGACCUUCAUCAACCCUCAGCUGAGCAAGAGAAAAAUCACCCUUGAAGAUCUUUGUGAUUCAAAAAGUUACAUUGAGGAGAAGAGCACAGGUGAACGUUCCCGCUCUGUGAAUAGCAUGGCAACAGCAACACAUGAAACUUCAAACGUGGCUGUCUAUGAGGGCGACUGGGUGUGGCUAAAAAAGUUUAAGGAGGGAGACUUCAAAGAGGUUAAACAGAGCACCACUAAGAUCUUCACCAAGAUGAAGGACCUACGGAAUGAAAAUGUCAAUCCAUUUUUGGGGUUCUUCACCGAUUGUGAGAUGUUUGCCAUUGUGACUGAACACUGUUCACGGGGGAGUCUACAUGACCUCCUCCGUAAUGAAGAUGUCAAACUGGACUGGAUGUUUAAAUCCUCCUUAGUGCUGGAUCUCAUCAAGGGCAUGAAAUAUCUUCACCACAGGGAAUUUCCUCAUGGGCACCUGAAGUCUCGUAAUUGUGUAGUAGAUGGACGUUUUGUCUUAAAGAUCACUGAUUAUGGUUACAAUGAGAUUCUUGAGACCCAGAAAACUCCAAAGGAGACCCCACCUCUAGAGGAUCUAUUCUGGACAGCUCCUGAAUUUCUCAGAGACCCUGAAAGUCCACGGAAAGGAACUUAUAAAGGAGAUGUGUACAGUUUUGCAAUUAUACUUCAAGAAGUAGUGGUCAGAGGAGCGCCGUACUGCAUGCUCGGCUUGUCUCCUGAAGAGAUAAUAAGGAAGGUGAAGAAACCUCCGCCUAUGUGCAGGCCCACUGUAGCUCCAGAUCAAGCUCCACUGGAAUGCAUCCAGUUAAUGAAGCAGUGCUGGAGUGAACAACCUGAUAGAAGGCCUCCUUUUGAACAGAUCUUUGAUCAGUUCAAGCUCAUUAACAAGGGCAAAAAGACCAAUAUUAUUGACUCCAUGUUGCGUAUGCUGGAGCAGUACUCCUCUAACCUGGAGGACCUUAUCAGGGAAAGAACGGAGGAGCUGGAGGUAGAGAAACAGAGGACGGAGAAGCUUCUGGCUGAGAUGCUUCCUCCUUCUGUGGCAGAAGCUCUGAAAACCGGUGCCUCCGUGGAGCCAGAGUACUUUGAUCAAGUCACCCUCUACUUCAGUGACAUUGUAGGCUUCACCACCAUCUCAUCCCUAAGUGAUCCAAUUGAGGUUGUGGACCUGCUCAAUGACCUUUACACCCUAUUUGAUGCUGUGCUGGGCAGCCAUGAUGUCUACAAGGUUGAAACCAUUGGAGAUGCCUACAUGGUGGCCUCCGGGCUGCCGAAGAGGAAUGGCAACAAGCACGCAGCCGAAAUCGCCAACAUGUCCCUGAACAUUCUCAGCUCCGUGGGCACCUUCAAGAUGCGGCACAUGCCAGACGUUCCGGUCAGGAUACGGAUCGGCAUUCACUCAGGGUCGUGUGUUGCUGGAGUUGUGGGUCUAACUAUGCCUAGAUACUGCCUUUUUGGAGACACAGUCAACACCGCCUCUCGUAUGGAAUCUACAGGGUUGCCUUACAGAAUUCAUGUGAACAUUAGUACAGUGAAUAUUCUCCGCUCAUUGAACGAUGGCUACCAAAUAGAAGUUCGAGGAAAGACUGAGCUAAAGGGGAAAGGCAUUGAGGAAACAUACUGGCUUGUUGGGAAAACUAAUUUUACUAAGCCUUUGCCAAAACCACCAGAGAUCAAACCAGGAGAUAACUGGCAAGACAUGGUGACGGAGGAGAUCAAGUCAUUAUUUCGCAAGGCCAACAGACAAGUGGACAAGCCCAAAAUCUGAGAAGCACAAGGAAGGAUGCUAAAACGGACAAAGAAGGAAAGAUACAUGACAAGUUGCAUGGGAGAGAAACAAAGGACA